CCGAGGUCAGGGACCCCGGCUUCCUAGAACUUGGAAUCCUGAGGCACUUGGAGCUGCGAGGCCGGGGAGCGGAGACGCUUGGCCAGCGGGGCUCCCGAGCGCCUGGCGAGGUCUUCCGGCAGGAUGGCCGUGGGAAUCUUUGCAAAUUGUGUUUUUUGUUUGAAAAUCAAAUACUUACCUCGUCAACAGAAGAAAAAACUACAAACUGACAUUAAGGAAAAUGGCGGAAAGUUUUCCUUUUUAUUGAGUCCUCAGUGCACACAUGUCAUCGUAGACAAUGUUGAUACUCUGAGUCAAUAUCAAUUGGAUUCUAUCCAAAAGAAUAACAUCCACAUCGCUGGCCCAGAUUUUAUAUGGGAAUCCAUCAAAGAGAGGAAACUCUUGGAUAUAAAGACUAACAAUCUGAAAAAGCCACUGCCCAUCACUCCACCUCCUCAUCAAAACUCCAGCAGUUCUGAACUGAAAACAGAUGCUGUAUCACUGGACAGUGACCCUGAGAAGAAAAACACAGAAGUCACUGAGUUUUAUGAAGAGAAUAUUGCAAUUCCUCAUUUUCCUCAAGACUUUGAAGUUGCAAAGUAUAACACCUUAGACAAAGUGGAGCCUGAUGGAGGCCAGGAAGUCGUGGUGGUGGAGCUGUGCUGCUCUCAGGAUUCAGAGCACAGUCCUUUUAUGAUUGUUGCACACUUCCUCCUGGCAGGUGGCCUGCAGACUAGAAGACAGUGCACUGUAAAGGAAACCUCUGAGGAGGCAAGUGAGUAUUAUGAAAGUUACAUUGAAGACCUGAAGAAACAAGGAUUUCUGCUCAGAGAACAUUUUACCCCAGAGGCCAUCCAAUUAGCAUCUGAAAAAGUGCAAGCAUUGCUUUUGGAGGAAGUCAUCAGUUCAAACACCCUGAGCCAGGAGGUGAGCGACUUGGUGGAGGUACUUUGGGCAGAAACUCUGGGCCACUUGGAGCACACAAUUCUCAGGCCAGUGAACAUGAUCAGCCUCAAUGAUGUAAGCAAAGCAGAGGGGAUACUCCUUCUCAUAAGAACAGCCCUGAAGAAAGGCGAAACAGCCGAAGAGCUACAAAAGAUGAUGGCUGAGUUCUACAGAUUGAUCCCACACAGACAGCCAGAAACUGAAGUGAACCUAAGACUGUUAGCUAAGAAAGAAGAUCUCUGCCAGCUAAUAAGAGACAUGGUUAAUGUCUGUGAAACUCAUCUGUCCAAACCCAACCUGCCAUCUCUCGCCAAAUACCAAGCUUUGAGAUGUAAAAUUGAGCAUGUUGAAUGUAACACAGAAGAGUUUUCCAGAGUUGAAAAAGAGGUAUUACAGAAUCAUUGCAGUGAAAGCCUUGGAGAAAUCUUGCAGAUAUUCAGAGUUGGCAGGGUGAAUGAAGCCACAGAGUUUUUGAGCAAACUUGGCAACGUGAAACCCCUGUUGCAUGGAUCUCCUGUACAAAACUUCGUUGGAAUUUUGUCUCGCGGGUUGCUUUUACCCAAAGUAGUUGAAGAUCAUGGCGUGCAAAGAACAGACAUUGGAAAUCUCGGGAGUGGAAUUUAUUUCAGUAAUUCACUCAGUACAAGCAGUAAAUAUUCACACCCAGGAAAUACAGAUGGCUCCAGAUUCCUGCUCAUCUGUGAUGUAGCCCUCGGAAAGUGUGUGGACUUACUCAUGAAGAACUUUUCCUUAACUGAAGCACCACCAGGCUAUGACAGUGUGCAUGGAGUGUCAAAAACAGCCUCUGUUCCCACAGACUUUGAGGAUGAUGAAUUUGUUGUAUACAAAACCAACCAGAUUAAAAUGAAAUAUCUUAUUAAAUUUCGCAUGCCCGGGGACCAAAUAAAAGACUUUCAUCCACAUACUGUUGCAAACUUAGAGAAAAUUAAACCUGAGCUUUUAAUUUUUUCAGAUGUUGAAGAUUACCAGUUGCCAGACAGCAAACAUCCCAGCGAUGGCAAGGCUGGCCUUCAGGACACUGCUGGGUAUCCGGUUCCUCUUGAGGAGGUUCACAUCAAGGGAAGAGUGAUAGACUUUGUAGCCCAGGUUAUUGUUUUUCAGACAUACACAAAUCAAAGCCAAAUGCCCAUUGAGGCAAAAUAUAUCUUCCCUUUGGAUGACAAAGCAGCUGUGUGUGGCUUUGAGGCAUUCAUUAAUGACAAGCACGUAGUAGGAGAGAUCAAAGAAAAGGAAGAAGCCCAACGAGAAUACCGAGAAGCCAUCCGCCAAGGCCAUGGUGCUUACCUGAUGGACCAAGAUGCUCCGGAUGUUUUUACUGUUAGUGUUGGAAACUUACCUCCUAAGGCUAAAGUCCUCAUCAAAAUUACCUACAUCACAGAACUCAGCAUCCAAGGCCCUGUUGCUGUCUUCUUCAUGCCAGCCACAGUAGCACCCUGGCAACGGGACAAGGCUUUGAAUGAAAACCUUCAGGAUACAGUAGAAAAGGUCAAUAUAAAGGAAAUAGGAGCAAAGCAAAGCUUCUCCUUGACCCUGUCCAUUGAAAUGCCAUAUGUGAUACAGUUCAUUUCCAGUGAUACACAUAAACUGAAACAAAAGAGCACUGACUGUAAGGCUGUAAUUCGCACUGUGGAAGGCAGCUCCUUAGGCAACGAUGGAUUUUCUCUCCACAUUGGUUUGUGUGAUGCGUAUCUCCCCCGAAUGUGGGUUGAAAAACAUCCAGAAAAAGAAAGUGAGGCUUGCAUGCUUGUUUUUCAACCUGAUCUUGACGCCACCCUCCCAGGCCUACCUGACAAGAAUGAAGUGAUUAUUUGUCUCGACUGCUCCAAUUCCAUGAGAGGUGUGGCAUUCGUGCAAGCCAAACAGAUUGCCUUGCAUGCACUGUCCUUGGUGGAUAAGAAGCAAAAAGUAAACAUCAUCCAGUUUGGCACAGGUUACAAAGAAUUAUUUUCAUAUCCUAAAUUCAUCACAAACAAUGAGGUGCCAACAAAGUUCAUUAUGUCUGCUACACCUACCAUGGGCAACACUGACCUCUACAAAACGCUCCGAUACUUAAGUUUACUGCGCCCUUCUCAAGGGCUGAGGAACGUGCUCCUCCUGUCUGAUGGGCACCUGCAGAAUGAGAGUAUGACAGUGCAGCUCGUGAAAAGAAAUGUCCACCACACCAGGCUGUUCACCUGUGGCGUUGAUCCUACAGCAAAUCGCCAUGUCCUAAAGACUUUGUCCCAGUGUGGUGCUGGAGUAUUUGAAUAUUUUAACUCAAAAUCCAAACAUUGUUGGAAAAAGCAGAUAACAGACCAAAUGAUCCGCUUACGGUCCCCAAGUUGCCACUCUGUUUCCAUCAAAUGGCAGCAAUUCAGUCCAGAUAGCUCCGAGCCCCUUCAGGCCCCGGCCCAUGUUCCGUCCUUGUUCCACAAUGACCGGCUCCUUGUCUACGGAUUCAUUCCUCAUUGCACACAGGCAACUCUGUGUGCAUUAAUUCAAGAGAAAGAAUUUCGUACAAUGGUGUCAACUACUGAGCUCCAGAAGACAACUGGAACUAUGAUACACAAACUGGCGGCACAAGCUCUGAUCAGAGAUUAUGAAGAUGGCAUUCUCCAUGACAAUGAAACCGGCCACGAGAUGAAGAAACAAAUCAUGAAAUCUCUGAUUAUUCAACUCAGUAAAGAAAAUUCUCUCAUAACACAGUUUACAAGUUUUGUGGCAGUUGAGAAAAGGGAUGAUAAGCAGUCACCCUUUCCUAGUAGUCCAAAUAUCUCCGAACUAAUUGCCAAAGAAGAUAUAGACUUUCUGCCGUACAUGAUGUGGCAGGAGGAUUUACCAGAGACAGCCAACACCACACAGAUUACCUGUUCACUAGGAGUACAGCAAGAUGGAGACAUGGAUGGCACCAGCUUACUUCAGCCUCACUCCCCAUCCUCCAAAUGGAAUAAAGAACUGGAACUUACACAUUCAUUGAAAGGAAGAAAAAAGAAGUUAUGUAUGCUGAAAGCUUCUGAUGAUGUUGAAGUUUGCUUAGAUUCUCAGCCAGCAUUCCAGCCUUGCUCAUUGACUCUUUGCCUGGAAGAGGAGGACGACUCAUUGGAUUUGAGCCAGAUAGGUUCCAUGAAACAAGCAAGAGCUGAACCACUGUCAGGGACACCACUUUCCUCCUUUUGGGCUUCUGAAACCCAAGCUUCACUCCCUUCUCUCUCUCCUUUCCCCCCUACUCCCAGCCAGGCUCUCCCCACUGUAUAUGGCAACACCAGCAUUGCCCUGCAGUCAGCUCUUCCAAGCCCAUCUCUAGGUUUGGAAUCGGGCACUGCUGUCAGUACGUUUUCAGGUGAUUCGUUUAAUGCCAAGAAGUUGGAACAAAAGAUAGUUUAUCACACCCUUAAGAAAAGACUCAUGGCCCCUAAGCUGGCUUCUCAGCCAAUGCUUUCUUCUCCUCCCAGAAUUCCUGUUUCCUACUCUGCUUUUUCUGUUGGUCCUGCCCAAUGUGGCUUUUCUUUUCAGGCUCAAAAUCGCCUAGUCCUUGAUGCUGCCUACAGCACAGACUUGAAAAAUCUGCAUGGGCAAUCGUCCUUAUUCUCUCAUUCUGCCCAGGAAGACUCUGGGCUUAAUGCAGGACAGGAGGGAAUACCAGAAGUGUCCUACGCACCGAGGACUUUACGCAGGGCCAGCCUGGGGCCUGGAAGUGGCCGUCGAAGAUGUGGGCCCUGGUCUGCCCUCUUCCAACUACAAACAGAGGAUGGUUAUUGGAAACUCACACCAGAACUAGGACUUAUAUUAAAUCUUAAUACAAAUAUAUUACACAACUAUCUUGAAGAAAAAGGAAUUCAAUCUCUAGGUACAAAAGGAAGAGAAUGUCUCCUGCAUCUGAUUGCCACAUUGCUGGUACUACAGUUUAUUCGAACCAGACUGGAAAAAAAGGAAAUAGCCUUCAAAUCAUUGAUGAAACUGGAUGAAGCUUCCAUUUCCAGGAAUAUCCCCUGGGCUGUUGAGAAAAUAAAGAAAGCAAAUGAAUGGGUUAGAAGAACAGAAGGACAGUAUCCAUCUAUCUGCCAACGACUUGAACUAGGUAAAGACUGGGACUCAGCCACGAAGCAGCUCCUGGGAAUUGAGCCCUUAGUCACCGCUUCUCCUCUUAGCAGAGUUCUACGGAAUAAUCAAGGCUGAAUCCAAUGAAAUUGUAUGUUCAACUUUUCUCUCUCAUGUCAAAUAUAAUCAAAUAGUAAUAGCUAUAACAAUUAUGACUUUUAUGAUUUUAUUCAGUAUAUCAAUCAGUACCUUUCAAAUAAAAUAGACCCAAUUGAUUUCAACCAACAAGCAGCAAUAAAAUGAAAAUAACAAUA